UAUUCGCUCCAUCCUCCGAUUCCUCCUAGGUAGGUAGCUGCGCUGCGCAUUGUCAGCCAUGGCCGACAGCGGAACCAAUGCCGGCCACCUCCACCACCAUUGCCUCCUCCUGCUCCUCCUCUUGCUGCUACCAUGCCACCAGUUCGCUUUCCAUCUCGUCGAUGGCGGCGGCAUUCCGACCACGCUGGACGGGCCGUUCACGCCGGCCACCCGCGCAUUCGACCGCUCGCUCCGGCAGGGCAGCGCGGACGUCCCGCUCUCCGACCCUCGACUGGCCCCCCGCGCGCGCCCGCCGUCCCCGGAGCAGAUCGCGCUCGCCGCCUCCGCCCACCCCACCUCGCUCUGGGUCUCCUGGGUGACCGGCCGCGCCCAGGUGGGCUCCCACCUCACCCCGCUCGACCCCGCCGCCGUCCGCAGCGAGGUCUGGUACGGCGAGCGCGCCGGCCACCAACCGCGCGUGGCCACCGGCUCAGCGGAGGUGUACAGCCAGCUGUACCCGUACCCGGGCCUCCUCAACUACACCUCCGGCGUCAUCCACCACGUCCGCCUCGUCAACCUGACGCCGUCCACCCGCUACUACUACCGCUGCGGCGACAGCUCCCUCCUCCUCGAGGGCGGACUCAGCGACGAGCGUUCCUUUCGGACGCUGCCGGCUCCAGCGCCGGACGCGUACCCUCGCCGCGUCGCGGUGGUCGGGGACCUGGGCCUCACCGGCAACUCAACCUCCACCGUCGACCACCUCGCCAAGAACGACCCGUCCCUAAUCCUGAUGGUCGGCGACAUGACGUACGCCAACCAGUACCUCACCACCGGCGGCGCAGGCGUGCCCUGCUUCUCCUGCUCCUUCCCUGAUGCCCCGAUCCGGGAGUCCUACCAGCCACGAUGGGACGGCUGGGGAAGAUUCAUGGAACCGCUCACAUCGAGGGUGCCGAUGAUGGUGAUCGAAGGGAACCACGAGAUGGAGCCGCAGGGGCACGGUGGCGCGAUGACGUUCGCCUCCUACUCGGCGCGCUUCGCCGUGCCGGCCGACGAGUCCGGCUCCGGGACCAAGUUCUACUACUCCUUUGACGCCGGCGGUAUCCACUUCAUCAUGCUCGGCGCAUACGUCGACUACAAUCGCACAGGACCUCAGUAUUCGUGGUUAGAGAAGGAUCUGCAGAGACUCGAUCGAGGAGUCACCCCGUGGGUCGUUGCUUCUUGGCACUCUCCCUGGUACAACAGCUAUGCCUCGCACUACCAGGAGUUCGAGUGCAUGAGGCAGCAAAUGGAAGGACUCCUGUACCAACAUGGCGUCGACAUUGUCUUCUCAGGACAUGUACACGCAUAUGAAAGGAUGAACCGGGUAUUCAACUACACGCUCGACACCUGUGGACCGGUUUACAUUACUAUCGGAGAUGGCGGUAACAUUGAGAAAAUCGACAUUGAUCAUGCGGAUGAUCCUGGAAAGUGUCCCUCCCCAGGUGACAACACCCCUGAAUUUGGUGGGAUCUGCCAUCUGAACUUCACAUCAGGUCCUGCGAAGGGGAGGUUUUGCUGGCAGAGACAGCCAGAAUGGAGCGCGUUCCGGGAAAGCAGUUUCGGCCACGGGAUUUUAGAGAAUUAAAGGGAACUAGGUUUUCAUAUUUCAACAUGAGUAUCUGGAUGGUCUGAAGUUGUACAAGAAAUAGCUGGAAGUUUCAUGUACCAUAAUCCAUUCCACUUACAGAUAUUACAAGCUACCUCUCUGAUUUUGUACUUGUGCAACUAGAUAGGAUGAACAUUUAAAUGGCUUUGUGAAUGUAAGCCUUGUGUCACCUCUCCUAGCGAGGCAUUCCAGAGUACUGAAGCUUGGUGGCUGGAAGCGAGACGUAAGGCAACCAAGAGCGUGCGACGUGAUUUUGAUACCGUCUCCAUUCUUGUGCACUCGAGGUUAUGGAUAGAACGAAAUGGUCGCAUCUUUCAGCAGGAAAUCAAUGGAGUGCUUCGCGUGUUUGAGCCCAAGGAUAGAAGAUAUCAGAGCCUGGAGGGCCGCAGGUUGCAUUAUGGCUUUUUAAGCCUUGCUUUUGUUUUAUGUUGCUGUAGAGACAGUGGUCUUUUUAUUGUUAUUCUCUCCUGUCGGCUACCUCAGCCGAUUGUAGCCAUUUAGUUGGCUUUCCUGUACAAAUUUCUCCUUUUCUCUCAUAAUGAAGUUUGGCCGAAGGCCCUUCGACA